AUGAGUCGUUCUCGUGAUUUAGUUGCCGAAUAUUAUAAUCGUGAUACCUCACUACAUAAACCAGGUGUUAUACCAAAGUCGUCUCGUAUAAUAUCUCCUAUAACAGCCAAUCGUCAUAAGUACGAAUUAAAACAGCGUAUAUGGCCAAAGAAAACCAUAGAAUCUUGGUUUGCCAAUCAUUCUCAAACUGAUCGUCGAGCGGUGUAUGACUUUCUUGAUACACUCUAUCAAGCGGAUACUACGAAUGAAAAAGAUCAACAACGGCAACGAUCGCCAACUCGUCGAUAUCCUUCAAAUGUAGAACGAAGGCUACAACAACGACGUUUAUCACAAAGUAGUCGACCAUCAUCAAAACGUGAGCUAGGUGAAGUUCUAGAAUCAUUCGAAAGUUUUCGUCUAUCACCAUCAGCGAAGGAGAAAAGUAAUCAAGAAACAUCUACCACCGCUCCAUUGCCUCAAAUCAAUGGUCCGAAAGAUGAGAAUACCACUCGUCCGGUAACAGCAGCGAAUACGGAUGAUAAAGCAUCUCGACGGUAUCUCUCUCAAACAUGGCGUGUGAUUAAUCCUCGGGAUGAUGUAGAACAGAAUGUUCGUCCUGAUACGAAUACAUCAUCGUUUUUCAAGUAUACCAAGAAAACGUAUCCCGAAUAUUUCUUCAUUCAUCCUGAUUGGUAUUAA